AUGUCCUGCUCCAGCCUGUGCGUACCUUCCUGUGGGGUGGCUGCCCCAUGCCCACUGGCUGACACCGUCAAUGAGCCCUGUGUGCGUCAGUGCCAGAGCUCCUCAGUGGUGAUCCAGCCCCCGGCCUCAGUGGUCACCUUCCCCGGACCCAUCCUCAGCUCCUUCCCUCAGCACAGCGUUGUGGGCUCAGCAGGAGUCCCUGCCAUUGCUGGGGGUUACGGCGGCAGUUAUGGAGGCUAUGGUGGAUUUGGAGGCUAUGGUGGAUUUGGAGGCUACGGGGGCUAUGGUGGCUAUGGAGGCCUUGGUGGCUAUGUUGGCUACGGAGGCCUUGGUUUCUAUGGGGGCUAUGGAGGCUAUGGUAGCUGUGGAGGCUACGGCGGCCUUGGAGGCUAUGGAGGCUUUGGGGGCUGUGGAUAUGGAGGCUGGGGCCGCGGUCUCAGGUCCUUUGGUGGUUGGUGUGGCAGCUGGUAAGCCACACCUGGGACCUGACUCAGAUGACAGAGGGAUCCAGGAAAGCC